CAGAGACAAUGUGGUAGUAGAGUAGCGUUUUAUUCCAUUCGUUUUCAUUCUAUUUGUCUAUAGUAUUGUACCCCGUUCCCCGCUACUCCACUUUUUGUUAUUUAUUUGUCAAACAGCUGAUAGUUUCAGAGAAUAGCGAUGAAUUUCUCGAAUUAAUUUCAAUAAAAAUCGAUAUUAUUAACGAACAUGGAUGUAGUAGGACUUUUAAACAAUAUCAACGAUAAUUCGAACAUGUUUGCUGUGAAAACAUGGACGUCCGAGUGGUCUAACAAUUUUCAAGACAACCAAUUAAUGUGGUCUAUUUGCGGUUGUCUCCUCGUAUCCUUGGUGGUUGUAUUUUUCUACUACUACAGAAGAUGGAGGUCAAAAGAAUUAACUGGCGCCACAGGGGGUGUUGGAGCUACAGGGGAUGCCGUAAAAAGGUUCCGAAAACGCGACAAGAUGCUGUUCUACGGUCGUAGGAUGCUGAGGAAAGUGAAGUCAAUCUCCAACUCUGGUCAGGGAAGGAAGAGACGCGCCGUCAUGCGGUUUGCCAGGAAGCUGCUGCAGCUAAAGAAGGAAACUGCUCCUGAACAGUUAAAGGUUCUGGAGCCUCCAGCAGAGUAUUUGGAGGAAGACCUGACGAGUGAUGACAGGGUUCCACCAGAUGCCCUGUAUAUGCUGCACAGCAUCAGGGUGUUUGGUCACUUCGAGAAGCCCGUGUUCCUCAUGCUUUGCAAGCACACUGAGAUCCUCAAUCUGCCUGCUGGGACUUUCUUAUUUAAAGUUGGUGACACGGACGAGAACGUGUACGUGGUGCAGAAUGGUCGCGUGAACGUGUACAUCACGAACCAGGACGGCAGUAGCCUGUCGCUGAAGGUUGUGCGCGCUGGAGAGAGUGUCACCUCACUUCUCAGUUUCACUGAUGUGCUUACUGGACACUCUCAACCUUACAAGACGGUAAACGCCAAAGCCUUAGAAGACUCACAAGUAAUCAAGUUACCAAUGAGGGCCUUCCAAGAAGUCUUCAAAGAAUAUCCAGAUAUAUUCGUCAGAGUUAUACAGAUCAUUAUGGUGCGGCUACAGAGGGUGACAUUCACAGCUCUGCAUCAGUAUCUUGGCCUGAGCGCCGAGUUGGUUAAUCCGGGUCGCGACAAACGUCGUCCUAACACAGUGUCGUCCUCUCCGGGCAAGACCUCGAAGAUGACUACAGCUGAUAGCAGCGCAAACAUGCAUUCCCCCCACCACAGCGACCGCGCUAUGUCUGAGCAUCUGAAUGCAUGCCAGGAGACGAGUCACGCGGCUUCGUCUCCGAUACACAUACAGGGACGACGGCAGAAACCCGACAUGGUCCCAGAUAUAGCGACCAAUACGCCGCAGAAUCAACCAGAUGUCCAACCAAAUCCAUCGCUACAGAGAGCUCGGGAGGGAUCUUCCUUUAAGAAACAUAACACUGAUAACCUCGAUGAACAGGCGUUAAUUCAAAUAGCAACAGACGCGUUCGUGAAAGAGCUUGGUCUCGACAGCGAUACUGUGUUGCGUGGGAACGUGCAAGUGAGGGACUUGCCGGCUGGGACAUAUAUCAUGAAGGAGGAAAGUCAUAAGGAUGUGGCACUAGUGUAUCUAUUAUCUGGAGCUCUGCUGGUGUCGCAAAGAGUGGCGGAGGGUGAAGGAGAAGUCCACAUGUUCACCGCGUACCCAGGUGAAGUGGAAGGUGGUCUAGCAGUAUUGACAGGCGAGCCGAGUUUCUUCUCGAUUCGAGCGAAACAUUUCUCUCGUAUCGGCCUGUUAUCGAAGACGACAGUGUACAGCAUCAUGAGGGAGCGUCCCUCCGUUGUAUUGCACAUUGCCAAUACAGUAGUACGGAGACUGUCACCCUUCGUGAGACAGGUGGACUUUGCUCUGGACUGGGUAUUCCUCGAAUCAGGGCGCGCAGUGUACCGCCAAGACGAAGAAUCCGGUUCCACAUUCAUAGUCCUAAGCGGUCGUCUCCGGUCAGUCAUAACUCAUCCGAACGGCAAAAAAGAAUUAGUUGGCGAAUACGGUAAAGGAGAUCUAGUAGGGAUAGUGGAAAUGGUCACUCAAACUAGACGCAGUACUACAGUUAUGGCUGUAAGGGACUCCGAGUUGGCCAAGCUGCCCGAAGGAUUGUUUAAUGCGAUUAAAUUGAGGUUCCCCGUUGUUGUGACCAGACUGAUCAAUCUACUUGGACAUCGCAUUUUGGGUUCAUGGCAGAAACCCACAGCCGGAUUAGGAGGCGCCGCCGCCAUAGAGCCGCGCCCCUCUCAGCACAACUUCUCGACCGUGGCAGUCGUACCGGUCAGCGAUGAUGUACCCUUGACUGCCUUCACGUAUGAGUUGUACCAUUCUUUGUCUGCUAUAGGUCCCACAGUGCGUCUGACUUCCGACGUGAUCAGAAAGCUUCUUGGCCUGACAAUCAUGGAUCCGAACAAUGAGUACAGACUCAGCUCCUGGCUGGCUCAACAGGAGGAUAAGCAUAAGGUGGCUUUAUACCAGUGUGAUCCCAGCCUCACACAAUGGACACAGCGCUGUAUCAGACAGGCUGAUUGUAUUCUCAUAGUCGCUUUGGGAGACAAACAACCCAGUAUUGGAAAGAUAGAAAAAGAAAUAGAACGCCUAGCAAUACGUACGCAGAAAGAAUUAGUGCUACUGCACCGCGAGGGGGGCCCUCAGCCGGGCGGGACGGUGCACUGGCUGAACAUGAGGUCGUGGGUCAGUCAGCAUCACCACGUGCGGUGCCCGCAUCGAAUGUUCACUAGGAAGAGCCAGUAUAGAAUUAGCGAGUUGUACAGCAAAGUGUUGAUGUCAGAAGCGAGUGUACACUCUGACUUCUCCCGCCUGGCGCGCUGGCUGACCGGCACCUCCGUGGGUCUCGUACUGGGCGGCGGCGGGGCGCGCGGCGCCGCGCAUGUUGGCAUGGUGCGAGCUAUACAGGAAGCUGGCAUCCCCAUAGACAUGGUGGGCGGAGUUAGCAUCGGCGCAUUCAUGGGAGCUCUUUGGUGCAUGGAGAGGAACAUCACCACUGUCACACAGAAAGCCAGGGAAUGGUCACAGAAAAUGACACAAUGGGGCAAGCAGCUUCUAGAUCUGACCUAUCCAGCUACUUCGAUGUUCUCCGGGAGACAGUUCAACGCCACCAUCAGGUCUACUUUCGGAGAUGUACACAUCGAGGAUCUAUGGCUUCCAUACUUCACAGUCACCACUGACAUCAGCUCAAGUUGCAUGAGAGUGCAUAGGCAUGGUUCCCUCUGGCGUUACAUUCGCGCAUCCAUGUCGCUCAGCGGGUAUAUGCCGCCGCUCUGCGACCCGCUAGACGGCCACCUCCUAUUGGACGGCGGUUACGUCAACAAUCUCCCAGCGGAUGUAAUGAGAUCUUUGGGUGCUAAACACAUCUUGGCCAUUGAUGUGGGCUCUCAGGACGAUACUGACCUCACCAACUACGGUGAUGAUCUGUCUGGCUGGUGGCUUUUGUGGAAAAGAUGGAAUCCAUUUACAACGCCUGUGAAGGUGCCCAACUUACCAGAUAUUCAAAGUAGACUGGCUUAUGUGUCCUGCAACCGACAACUAGAGGAAGUAAAGAAAUCUGACUACUGCGAGUACAUACGGCCACCAAUCGACGCGUACAAGACUCUCCAAUUCGGUUCCUUCGACGAGAUUCGAGAAGUAGGCUACCGACAUGGCGCAGCGUACUUCGAGGGGCAAAGGCGGGGCGGUGGGGGUGGUGUCAGCGGAGCUGCUGCAGAAGGGAGACAGCAUGAUGCACAACCUUCACUCACCGAGUACCGGUACGGGACCACGUAUUUUGAGGGGCAGCGCCGAGUUUGUGCGAGACGCCCUAGUGGCAUCGUCGAUGGAAAGAAGAACCAUCCUCAACCCUCAAUCACUGAUUAUACAUUCACUGAUUUGGCCCAAAUGGUGUGUUCGGUCCGCACGGCCCGUGACGUAGACAAUGAUUCCUCAUCAUCAUCAGAUUACGAGGAAGACCAGCGACAUUUCGAAGGUUACGCCUCGGAGCCCAGCGCUGGGAUACUGGAGAUGUCGUCAAGCGUAGAGGACGGAGCGGCCGCCUGGAUCAGUGACACAGAAUUGGAAGGACUGCGCACGCGCAGGGUAGGUGGCUCCCUCUCGCUGUCAGAGGAUGAAAUAGAUUCAGAAGCUGAGGUCUACGACCCUCUGAACAAAAGAGGAGGAGGUAGGUGAGACCCGACCUUGCACGAUCUGUGCAAAGCCCUCUACGAGUACGUUCAGUACACAGAUUCCUGUACUGAGUAACGGGAACUAUCCAAAUUCCCCCACCAACAGGAAAUUAAGAAGACUGUGCGUGUAAAAGUGUAUCAAAUAAUUUGAAACCCUAUUCCCCAUGCGACAAGGUUGGAUUGUGAAUGAAUUUUGUAAAAAGACUGCUAAGAAUGGUAUUGGUAGCUCCUUGCUAUACAGAGUGUGCUAAAAAUGUAGAUGUUACAAAAGUCUGUAUGUUUGUAAGUUUAUUGGUAAGACGUUUAGAACAAAGACAUAUUUAUGUGCUAUAUAUACAUUAGUUGUAUUGUUAAUAUUAAUAAAAAUGUAUGAUAAAGCUGAAAUGAAUGAUUAUGGUUUUAACGGAUAUACU